CACCAGUAGCAAUCUGAAACGCCACAUGCAGAUCCAUGACGAUAUCCGUAACUUUGAGUGUCACCUCUGUGGGUUACACUUCAGACAAAAAAACACCUGGAUAGGCAUCUGAAAUACAAACAUGAGGAAAAGAAGAUAGUGUGCCCUCUGUGUGACUACCAGUGCGCCAGCGCAAAUCCCGACCUAAAGAUGCACAUCCGCAAACAACACAUGCCCCUGGAGGGCAGCAUGGACGCGUUCACGUGUGACAUCUGGGGCCUGAUGACAGUAAGCAAGAAGGAUCUUAAACUUUUUGCAUGGCACCAUGUCAACGGCAAAUGAGAUGCCGCUCUCUGAGAUCGUGACGACAGAACCAAUCAGCCGUGACACAGCCCUCCAGGUGAUAUCCGACUACAACGCCCCUCUGGGCUCAGACAGGAUCUCCCUGGAUUAUAUCAUCUCCAUGGAGGAGAUAGGCAGCUAUGUGGCCACACAGGUUGACGUCCAUGAACAGAGCAGCUUUGCAGGGAUACAGACACAUGAGGCUGCGGAGGCUAUUGAGGGACUCCAGGCACUAGCAGAGCAGCCUGGUAUCCUGGAAACACAGGGCCUCGACAAUGAACUCACCACCGAGGUCAUCACCACGGAGAUACUUAACGAUGGAGAAAUCACCUUGGAUACUGGUUCUGUGACAGAAGGGAACCUAGAGGGGUCUAGUGGGGGGGUCUGCUGGGUUUGAGGGCAGUUUUGGCGGCGGGGAGAGUGGAGGUUUGGUUGGUGCAUUUGUUCAGCAUGAUCACAUUCGGGGAUUUGGGAUGGGACAGCAUGUUGACGGCAGGAAUGGAAAUGAAGGGUUUCAGAGUAUUAUAGAGUUGGCACAGGAGGUCAUUCGAGAUAAAGGACAGGAUAGUUCACAAGGGGAGGGUAUUGAGCUGUCGGCUGAAGAACUGAACCAGUUGUCGACUGGAGAUUAUGUGGAGAUAAAUGGCGAGGUGUAUAAAGUGGAAAUUGCUUCUGGGAAUUGAGCCACUGUGAAAGUAUUCAUAUCUUUGCAUAAUAUUAAUUUCUUAAACAUGCAAGAUCUGAGUGUGAACAAGAAUAAUUAAAACUCAUUAGCAGCUAAAAGUUAAAAGCCCAUAAACACUCAAAAUCAACAAAUAUUUCUACAAUAUUUUGAAAAACUUAGUUAACACAUAAAAAAUCAAUGUUCCUUAAAGCAAUAGCCAAAAUUUCAACACUAGAUGUGGCCUGAUAACAUGUAUUUAACGCAAUACAAAAUGCUUGUUUUUAUUUUUUGUGUCACAAUAUAUUACAUGUGAAUUUUCGGCUACGAUUUUCAAGAUUAGCUUCAAUCAGCUUCAGAAGCACAAUGUAGUUUUUAUUAAUACGUUGUUCUUCCGACCCUGCACAUAGCCAGUCUCGCGUUCGCUCUUAAAUAUUUGGAUAUUAUGGCGGGAAAUAGCAUGGAGUAUAUUGUCACGCAUAAAAUAAAAAUGAGCAUUUUGUAUUUCAUUAAAGCUAUGUAAAUAUACCAGGUAUAGCGUUGAAAUUUCGCUUUUGCUUUAAGGAACACUAAUUGUUUAUGGUAUAAUUUUAUUAUACAAAAUAUUUUGUGAAAUAUUCGUAGUUUUUUAGUAUUUAUGUUACUUUAAUGGAUUAUUGCAUCAGCAUACACAAACUUGGUCAUAUGUUCCUUGGAAAAGUGUCACGUGCUUGUAUAAGUAAUAGUCUUGUCAACAAUAGUUAAAUGGCUCAACCGACAAGUGUUUUGUUGAUAAGAUCACAAUUUAAUUUCGAAAGGUUUGACUAUUUUAGAAGCUCAAAUGUUAACUUGCUGAAAAUUAAUUAUACUUUAAGCACGUUCAACCAUUUUUUUGUUAUUGUUUGUAAAACAUACAUUGAUCAAGGUAUAAUAAAAGAACUGUUUCUAACAAUCUUAGAUACAAAUUUUCUAUUUGGGCGUAUUUAUUGACCACUCCUAGCCUUUGAUGCUAACUGUGUAUCCUUUUAAUUGAUUGGUAGUUUCUGUUUAAAAAUGUUGAUUUGAAAGGUACGUGCAUUCGUUGUGAACUUCCAAUUUUUUACUGUAAAAUUGUGUUUGCAUGAAAUGUUUGCCAUUUGUACAAACUAGGUUUUAAGUAAGAUAAAAUGCUCUGUUAUGUUAUGCAAAUUAUUAAAAAAGUAUAUUUCUCGAAUAGCAAUAAACUAAACCUUUAACCUGAAACAAUU